AUGGCAGCAAAUGUUGAUGAAGUCAGAAGCCCUGGCGACGUGAGCAUUAACGAAACUAGGGCAGUGCCGACUACGGAUGAGCAAGAUGAUCAUGAUAGUAUCCACGGACAAUCGCUAAAUAACGGGCCACAGAGACAAAUAUCCCUAGGCAAGCGAGCGCCGACGGAACCAAUACCGGAACGGACGUGGAAGUUCUACCUAGAUGCCUCUUGGGCACUGUAUUCGUACGAGAACAUUCUUAGUCAACAAAAUCAGUGCAUCCGUUCACGACGAGGACACACAAAACCCCAAUUUGAGGGUCGCGAUGUACUUUCUACUUCUUUCGGGAUCUCGUGCGAAGGCAGAUUUCCGUAUCCAGCCGAGUUUCGACAAGUGGCAAAGUUGGAUGGAGGGCAUGAUGUCGAGACAGGAGGUGCUGGUCCAUCAGCCGAACGUUUGCCUAAAAAAACUACAAACUUAAAAACCAAAGAAAUAAUAUUUAAUACUCGUAUGUUUAGUAUAUCUCGGACGUCUUUCUAUCGGAUUGGAAGUCUAAUUCGAUAG